UGUCGGGUGUCCGGAACCCCCCCGAAUGGUCGGGCGAUAGUGCUGUCACGAGGGGGUGGAGGGACAUUCUAACUUUAGCCGGACCACCGCCAGCUCCUCAAAACAGACCUCCUCCGAUGGACACCGCAGCUGGUUGCCAAGGUGGUUCAGGUUUUCCUGAACAGGAGGCCAUCAACAAUCCUGACAUGGCGUCCGCCAACGAGCAGGAAGAUCAGACGGUGCCGAACGGCGACGACGAGGAGACUAGCGUCCGCGGGGUCCAGUCUCGUUACCUACGAUGCUCGUCGCCCAGCCUCUCCAUGAUGUCAGAGUCCAGGUUCUCCGCCAUAACCGGCUCGGAUGCCGCCAGUAUCUUCAUGGAGCCGAUCCACUUGUCGUCCGCCAUCGCCGCCAAGAAGAUCAUCAAUGAGGAAUUGCCGCCUCGAGGUGUCCGCGCCGAGUCCGUCCCGGAUUCCAUGCUCGAAAGAGCCGAGCAUCUGAUGGUGGAGGACCUCUACAACCGAGUACGGGAUAUGAUUGAUGAUCGUAGCCCCUACAACACUCCUUGCGUGCUGGAUAUCCAGAGGGCCAUGGUUCAAGAUCGCCUGGAGCACCCCAGCCAGCCUGCGGAUGAAGUGUUUCCGAAUAUUUUUAUCGCUGAGAAAUCUAUCGCCGUCAACAAGGGCCGGCUGAAGCGAAUGGGAAUCACGCACAUCCUUAACGCCGCGCACGGAACUGGCGUCUACACGGGGGAGGCCUUCUACGCCGGGAUGGGGGUGCAGUACAUGGGCAUCGAGGUGGAUGACUUCCCUGACGCUGACAUCUCGCCGCACUUCCGGCCCACCGCUGAGUUCUUGGAUGAAGCUUUGCUGACCCACAAAGGCAAAGUUGCAGUGAUCUCCAUGAUGGGCGUCAGCCGCUCAGCUGUCCUGGUGGCGUCCUACCUCAUGAUCUUCCAGCACAUGACCAUCAUGGAAGCUCUGACAACCAUGAGGAAAAAACGGCCCAUCAACCCCAACGAGGGUUUCCUCAAACAACUACGAGAGCUCAACGAGAACCUGCUGGAGGAACGCGAUGACGACGACACGCUCAGCCAGUGUUCCGUCAUCGACGCGCGCACCCGCGCUCGGAUCUUCGGCGAGGCCAGUGAAGACGACGAGACGGAUCGUGAGGAAGAGCAAAGUAUGGUGGAGGUGAAAGCGCGCUCCAUCAUGAUGGAGGAGGAAGAAGAUGGGACCAGUGUGAUGAGCAGCGUGGCUUCCUCCGCAUUGGCUGAGCAUCUCCGGAGCGGACCUGAGGUCCAACCGUCAUGUGAUGUUCCAGACAAAUCCGUCUUGCCCGAGCAGUUGGGAAACAGUGAUGAGGAUGAGGACGGUCUGGAUCAGAUGAUCCACGAGUGGCAGCGUAGAAAUGAGAUGUAUCAAAGCGAUGAUUGGUUGGAGGCGCAGCUGAACAGCGACGAGGAGGACGCGGCGGUUGGCGACUGCGCCGACGUGGAGAGCGUCACCAGCGAGGACGUGCGCGCCCUGAAGGAACGUUUGAAGCGUCGCGUCAGACGGCCUCCGACGGACGCCGCUUCCACCUCCAGCUGCACCACUUACGCCGACCUCUGGAAGCAGCGGCUGCGAGAGAUCGAGGAAGAAGCCGCCGCUCGCUAUCGGAAAACGGAUCGCGCCGAAGGCGAGGAAAGCGACGCGGCGCGGGAACGAGAGAGGAAGAAAAAGGUCGAUGAGGAGGUGGAGAGCAUCAUGUCGGACACGUCGUCCAUGUACAACUUCUGCCAGAAGAACAAGGAGAGGAUGACGGCCUUGGAGCGCUGGCGGGUCAAGCGGAUUCACUUCGGGUGGAACAAGAAAGAACGAGGGGAUGGAGAAAAUAGUUCUGUUGGCGAUCAGGAGAAAAGCGACGGCGGAGAAGCGCCGCCGCCGUCCUUCCAAGAUGUCAACCUGACGGCCUAUCAGGCUUGGAAACGGAGGCAGCAGAGGCGACUUGGCGAGGAGAACGUGGAUGAGCUUCUGGAAAUGAGUCGGGGUGAGGAUUCUGCUACCAUUAAACGGCGCCAAAGGCGAGAGGAGAUCCUGGAGCGCUCCAAAAAGACCUUAGAAGAAAGUCAGUCCGUGUGCGGCUGGGAGAACGAGAGCUGCGUCAGCGGCGGGACGAUACCGCUCUCCGCCUUCUGGGCCGGAGCCGGCGUCAGCGGAGCGCCCAGUGUCGUCAAUGACGACACCAUGUCGGUGAUCAGCGGACAGUCGUCCGUCCUCACGUCGGCGUCGCAAGCCUGCGGUGCAAGAUCCACGCACUCCGGUCUGCAACCUCCCCCCAUCCUCCCGGUUCCGACGGUCCAGGGUCCGUCGGGAGAACCGAUGGUCAACCUGGCCAGCAUCCAGAACUGGAUCGCCAAUGUGGUGACCGAAACCAUCAAACAGAAGCAGAGCGAGAUGAGCCUGCCGCCUCCGUCGCUGGCCGGGUCCGAGGUGAGCUUCGGCGCCUCGCCCAGCGCCAUUUCGGGCCGCGCCGGAGAUGACGAUAAAACGUCCGUGUUGAGCGGGCGCUCCUACUCCAGUAACAUCUCGCAGGGUCGUGGGCGGCCAGCGUCAGUCUUCUCGGCCGGCGGCUUGAGCGGAGUCAGCGGGCGAAGUUCCGCCUUGCCGGAUGCUCGGAAAACCAAAAUCAGCACCACCAGCGUCCCGCUAUUCAGCCUCUUCCAAGACCAGGUCAACCUGGGCAAACUGGACGCCAUGGACAAGGAGAUCAAAUCGGAAAUGAGAGGCAAGAUGGCGUCCUACGAGAAGAAGAAAAUCCUCGAGGACAAUAAGCGCAGCACUAUGUACAAGAAAAAGAAACCAAAGGCGGAUGAAGAUGAAGAAGAGGAGGAGAAGAAAAGGAAGGAGGAGGAAUUCCUGGAAGAGUCAAAGAAAAAGAAACCCAAACCUUUAAAGACAUUCGGCCUCUCUGGAUGCUUGAAUUUGAAUCCCGCUCUGGAGGUCGACAAGAACACCAGCGUUGACGACUGGCUGAAAAGUGUCAGGCCUCCCCCCGGAAAAUCUGCCGUUGCCGCCGCCGAGGAUCCCUACGACGACUUGGACGGCUCCGCCUCCCAGUUUGACUUCGCCGGUGAGGACGAUGACGCGAAAACGAACGGCGCCGCCUCCAUCAAUAACGGCCACAGCCGAGCCACUCGGUCAUACGGCGAGGAUGAUGAGGCGAGCGACUUCAGGAGGAAAUUCACAAAUGGUUCACAUAGCGACGAAGCAGGCGGACGCAGGCGGGACGCCGAUGGGGACGAUGAUGACGAAGACGCCGAAGCCUUCAUCGCCCGAACCAGGCAGAGGAUCAGAGCCCGAGCGGCCGCCGAGGAGCCCGAUGACGAGGUGCUCGCCGCUUGGAGGGCGCAGCAGGAAGCAAAAUGGAAAUCGUAGAGAAAUUGAACAGGAAACAAAUAAGACUG